UUCUUGAGCCGGAAGAAAGUCUGGGCACUGAGGCAGCAUAAAGCGGAAACCUGAGUUUGAAGAAUUGCAAAACCGAAGAGACGAUAUGAGCAGCAUCGGAACAGGAUACGAUCUCUCCGUCACCACCUUCUCGCCGGACGGCCGGGUUUUCCAGAUCGAGUACGCAGCUAAAGCCGUCGAUAACAGCGGAACUGUGAUUGGAAUCAAGUGCAAAGAUGGGAUCGUUAUGGGCGUGGAGAAGCUCAUUGCGUCGAAGAUGAUGUUGCCUGGUUCCAAUCGAAGAAUCCACUCCGUUCAUCGUCACUCUGGCAUGGCAGUUGCUGGACUAGCUGCAGAUGGGAGGCAAAUUGUGGCACGGGCAAAAUCUGAAGCAACUAACUACGAGAGCGUCUAUGGUGAACCUAUUCCUGUGAAGGAACUUGCUGAACGUGUAGCAAGUUAUGUGCACUUAUGCACACUCUACUGGUGGCUCAGGCCUUUUGGAUGUGGGGUAAUUCUUGGAGGUUAUGAUAGAGGGGGGCCUCAAUUAUAUAUGGUUGAACCAUCUGGUAUCUCAUAUAGGUACUUUGGUGCUGCAAUUGGGAAGGGAAAGCAAGCAGCGAAAACAGAAAUCGAAAAGUUGAAGCUCUCUGAAAUGACAUGCAGAGAGGGGGUUAUUGAAGUUGCCAAAAUCAUCUACAAGGUACAUGAUGAGGCAAAGGACAAGGCCUUUGAAUUGGAAAUGAGUUGGGUCUGUGACGAGUCCAAGAAACAACAUGAAAAGGUUCCUGACGCACUGUUAGAGGAAGCAAAGGCUGCUGCUAGAGCUGCACUGGAAGAAAUGGAUGCUGAUUAAGUUUUACCGAGAGCUUGUAAUCCUCAUGUUUUGAUCUUCUAAUCUUCACAUAUUUCCCGUUGUCAAGAAGCCGAUGCUGAUGGUUUUAUGUAUGAAUGAAUUCAUUGCUCAAAC